AUGGGAGCCGCAGCGUUUCAUGGGGACCAGGACUGUUGUGCCAGUCAGGCUGGAGAUGAUACAGACCCAGCAGCGUCUCGCAGAACGGUUCCUUCAUUGAUUGGCCUUGCAGAUGCGGACGAGCCCAUGUGCACGUUCGAUUGCGAUGCCGACGUCGUGGACGGGGAGCCAAUGAACGAGAAUCCGGACAGCUUUGGGGGAGAGCUGCAUGGGGCCCGGAUUGCCACAGAAUCUCUGAUGGUCCGGCGGGAGCCUCGAAGACUUCAUAGCCGACUAGAGCAAAAUGCCCAACUUGCCCUUGACGACGAGAUCGUCCGUGCUGUCCCGUUGGCAGACACAUUGCGUGCGCUUGGAUAUCUCUGGCGACUACAACCGAAUAAGAUGAGCCAGGACCAGCUAUUGCAGCUAUAUCAGUAUUCCAAGAAAGCAAGCUCAUUCGAUGCCUUCGUGUCUCACACCUGGUGGACACCUGGAUAUCAGAAGUUUGUUUCUUUAUUACUCCGCUUCUACUGGCACUAUGCCGUAGUUGCUGCGAUUGCGACGAGCGUGGUGAUCAUGAUUAUGUAUAGGCUGGACAUUUUGCCAAUGCCUUUGAGAUUUGCAUCACAGUACACAUUGUUCCUCAGAGUCAUUCCCUGUGGGCCGUGGGGGACUCUGUUCGCGUUCGUGGUCUCGCUACUUGCAUUACUUUGUGCUCCUUUCCUGCCCUGUACGAGCUUCGAUAUUUUCUACGAUGUUGCAUGCAUUCACCAAACGGAUCCGGUGAUGCGCGAACGAG